GCACUCACAGAGAUACGGAGAUCCGUUCCGAGGACCCCCGUUUUCACAAACAUUUGUAGUUCCGAAGCCCGUUCCGAGGACCCUCCUUUUUACAAUAAGCCCGCUCCAAGGCCCCCGUUUUUUGCCUCACCCGCGGCACACCCCUACCACUUUUUUGGUCGAGUGCCCCCCCCGGGAGUACACCCAACAAAAUUACAAAAAUGAUUCUCAAUCAGAUCAAGCUCGAUGCCCACAAUCCGGAUAUCCGGAUCAACGUACGGCCGGUAUAUUAUACGUGCAAAAUACCAGCCAGCAGCCGAUGACUCGACUGUCGAUGUCAGGUCGAUUUAGACUCUUAGUUUUAGAGAUCUAUUUACAGUUGAGCACGGUGAAUUGGGUUUGAAUAAUAAUUUCUCUGUUUAAGGGAUCUGAAGAUGGGAUCAACCAGUCUGGUGGUGGCAGAUUCCAUCAAAGUCUUAACCCAGAAUGGAGAAUGUCAGAUUGAUAUGUGUCUAGGAGAUAUUACCAAACUCAAGAGGAAGGAUAAAGUUGAUGUCAUUUGUGUUUCUGCCUUCGCUAAUGACUAUGCCGCUACACCUACUUCGGUGAUUGGAGCCUUGAAGCGGACAUUAGAUAUCAGCGUUAGAAACCUAGCCAGGGAUAAAGAGGAAGAUCUUCGUAAACUCUACUCCUGCUGGUGGUCUAAAUCCCUCCCCGAUAAGCUUCCCUAUAAGAGACUUCUCUGCUUUGAAACUAGGAGCUUUGGAGCAGCAGGGCGCCCUCAAGAGUUGGUAGCUAAUGUGUUUCGUUGCCUGGUUCCUAUUCUCAAUAAUGAAGAUGGUAGCGUUAUCACUCCUCUGCUUAAUACUGGCGAUCAGGGGUAUGGUGAGGUCAGCAUGAUGAAAGGUAUGGUUGAAGCUGCUGUAAAGUGGAUGAAAGCAGGACUACCUCUCAGGAUUCUUAAACUGGUUCUCUACGCCAAGGUGAUUGAUGGUGAUCUUCAGAGCCAUUCACUUAGAAGAUUCAGCGAGGUCCGUAAGAAGUUUACUGAGCUCAAGGAACGCUAUGAGAUGCAACUCCUCUUACCUAAGGCUGUGCCGUUGGAGUUUGAUGUUUAUCUGUCAUUCAGUGAGGAAGAUGAAGGGGUUGCUAAGGUAAUCCGAGAGAAGUUGACUGGAGCAAAGGAAGGUGUUCGGAUCUAUGAUAGUUCACAGCAGGAUAUCAAUAAAGAUAGUGUCUUUCAAGAAGAUAUGUAUACUAUCAUGAUGAAGAGUGCAAGGGUAGUUACAGUGUUGAGCCCAAAUUACCUGAAGAACAAGGCUUGUAUAGAGCAGUAUAACAUUGCUCUUUGCUGCAAUCGUAGAGCACUCCGUGACAUGCUUGCCCCUAUCUAUGUAGACUCGGUUGAGAUGAUGCCAACAUACAUGGGUCUUGUUCAGUACGUUGACUGCAGACCUCAUGAUCCUUCAAAGAUAGGAGAAGCGUGCACUCAGCUUUCAGUUUCUCUAUCUGUUACCUUCCAUACUGAGCUGAGAGUAGCCGAGUUUGAUCCACUCCGAUAUGAUAUCUUCCUCUCAUACUCGCAUCGUGAUACAGAGAAGGCCAAUCGCUUUGUGGCAUUGCUCCAAAAACUAGCCCCGGACCUGAAGCUUUUCUUUGAUGUCCAAGAAUUGAAAACAGGUAAAUCCUGGCAGCGUACCCUCUAUCACUCUAUCGAUGGCUCUCGAUGUAUGCUAGCUCUCAUAUCAAAACCUUAUCUCAAAUCAGCUGUGUGUCAAGAGGAGUUUGCUCUUGCUCAGGCCAAACAUUAUUCAAAGGGUAAGCAGCACCUUCAACUCAUCCCAAUCUGCCUUGAAGACCUAGACACCAUCCAGACUGAAUUCACUCAUAUACCAAUGGUCAAGGGGACACCUGAUGUCUUUGAUGAUAUGGUCAAGACUGUGUGUCCAGCGGUCAUUCAGUGGCUUAAAGGAAAGAGAGUGGACCAGACAGAAACAAUCAAGACCUUGUUUGAUGAUAAGAGUAUCCCAACCUUGUCUGCUGAUGAAGAGAUGGAGAAGUUUCGCCAUACUAGUUUCCAGAAGGAGUUUGGAAGCAAAGACAGUGUGAUAUCAGCCAAGAGAGCUUUCCCGCCUAUCCUGAGUAAAAUUCUACCCGAUAAAGAGGAUAAGAAAGAUGAACGUCCUAUGUCUGCCUCAGACUGCGAUCUUAUCUUCAGCUACCAUAGCGACGAUGAGAAGUACGUAUCCUUCAUGGCUAGACUCCUUGCCAUGAAAGCCCCGUCUUUGAAAGUGAAAGCCGUUUCCAGCGAUGAACAUAACAAAGUCAAUUCCCUGGAAAGAUCCAAAUGCAUCGUUCCUGUGCUCUCUCCCAACUACCUUGAAAGCCCAGAAUGCGUUGAAGAGUUCCACAUCGCCAUCUGGAGACAGAGGAUAUCCAACCCAGAGGCCGGGUUGCUGCUUCCGAUAUCCGUCCAUACUCUCCCUCAGAAGCCGACCUACUUCCAUCUGGUUCAGACUGCAGUUAGUUUGACAGAUGGAUUAUGGGCCCAGCUGUCUGGUGAACAUAAGUGUGGUUUAUCUCGAGAUGUUGUUGAUAUGAGUAGUUCAAUGGGUAAAAUGCAACUCUCUCAGGUUGACAUGUUGGCUCUCUAUAUGGCCGUCUAUCACAUCCUCAGAAGAUUUGAAAAAGGGAGGAAAUGUAAAGAAGAGGACUUUCCUACCAAGCCAGCUCUGAUUAAUGUCAUGAAACUCAAAGAACAAACCAAACAGAUUACUGAACCAGAUUACACAGAUCAGCUGUGCAAGACCCUCCUGGAGCUUCAUAUUAAUGACAUACCAGAGAGUUGGAGAGAAGGCAGCCACUACCUAAGACUCAAAGAAAACAACAUGGCCGCCACAGAGGGGGGCAACAACAACUCUCAAACACAUAACACUGUGAAUGAGACAACCAAAGAUUCCUCAGGUAGAUACCACAGUGAUGCCCAAGAAAAGAAAGCAGAACAAAAAUCAUCGAUAGAGGUUCCCAAAGAUAUUGCCCAACUGGUGGAAGCUGAUGGACAAGACAAGACGCAAGGCUCGGCAGAACAAGAUAAACAGGCAGAAAGACAACAGUCUAAAGAACCUUUAGCAGUAGCAAAAGCAGAAGGCACGUUAGCAGAGAAACCAGACUCGUCAGAGGAAGAGACAGGUGCUGAUGGGGAUGAAAUUAUUGGUAACCAUGGUGAUGGAAGGGGGGAUGGGUUGAUGGAAGAAGGCGAAAAACAAAAAGAAGAAACGGAGGAUGAAGAUAAAGAGUAUGGAAGGGUGUACAUGUCCGCUCCUCGUUCAUCUACAUGUGUAUGUUUGUGAAUGGUAAUUACAUUUAUGCAUAGAUUUGAUAUAUGCAAUGGAUCCUGUCCGUAACAAUAAGUUUUCAUAAUACAUUAACCAUUUGAAAAUUCUAAUCACCCAUAGAAUUUUUCAUGGUAUUCUUGUCCAUCAUUUUUAGUAAAUAUACAUGCAUCUCAAAUUGAAUUAUUUCUGCCAAAACAUAUCAGGAAUUGGACAAGAGCCAUGUUACACAAAACUGAUUGAUUGAUUGAUAUUGAUUUUAGGGAUUGAUUGUAAAUAGUGAACACUUACAGUGCAAUUAAUUGUGAAAAUUCCAAUGAUCACUCAAUAGACUUUGUGUUACAGGGUUCAGGGCAAUGAGAUAAUCUGUAUACUAUGGAAGGAGCAUUUCUGGUAUGGAUGCCUUAGUAAGCACAUCACAUUCCUUGCAAUAGCAUUUUCUUUGAAAAAACAACAUGUAUUUCAAAUGGUGUCUCAGUCUAAACCAUUUGAACCCUAAAUUAUGUGGGACGGCCCUGACCUAUACCCUGAAUUAUUUGCACAUAUCGACCACAUUCACAAACUCCCAUGGUUCAAGCCGGAACGGCAUCUUCCCCCUGCUGGUACCCGGCCCGGCUUGGCUGAAGUUGUUUAGCUUCUUGUAGACAUAGACUACCGACAGAAAUAUUAUCUUUAGGGUCCAUUUUAGUCUCAAAAUCACUGCUUUGACUACAGUCAGAUUUAUCAAUACAUAUAGCUUCCACACAGUCCGCAGGUGACUUGCCGUGUAUUACACCGUGUAUUACCAAACAUGCCUCACGAGCCUCCACAGUAGAGUAGCAUAUUCUGGCAAUUUUGGAUGCUAAAACCUUCCAAAGUUAAUACCAAUCGUGACUGAAAUUAUCAACUAAAUAUCCCUACGUGAACUAGAAAGAUCAGUCAUUUUCAAAAGAUCACCCGACAUUAAAACCCAUGUUUUUCAAGUCAAAUGGCUUCAGACCAACCUGUCUGUUAUUUGCAAGUUCACUGUGAGGCCCGGUAUUCUGGCCUACCGGGUUCAAAGAGUUAUGGUAAGUGUUACGGGUACAACACGCCCAAAGUGGACAAUGCUGCACAAGAUAUGCUAGAAAGUUGCGUUGAAUUACAUGUAGUGCAUGAGCACAUGACUUGAAAACACUCUCACCAUUGGCUACAGUGAUUUCUUAAACCUGGAAUAUCUAAUAUUUACAUAAAUCAAGGAUAUGAGACGAAAUCUAUGGUUGCACAAUGAAAUAUAUUUUUUUUAAAUGAAGAGAUAUAAAGCAUAUUAAUGAACAUUCCUGCCAGGGCUUUAGUUUUAGCAUACAGAUUAUAAGUAUAAUAUUGCAGUUUUUCAUGAAGAUUAAAUGCCUAUUUAUUUUUUGUUCUCACAGUAUAUUGAUAUCUCUUAUCGUGUUUUUAGUGAUUACAGUAUAUAUAUGGAAUAACCUGUGCUAAUACUAUAUUUGACAUUAUUGUCUAUUUCUCUCUUAUAUAUGGUAGGCCUUAUUGGGUAAACUGUAGCUGCUUGUUGCAAUAUUUAGUCUUUCACAUUUAAAUCUUUCAGAAAUCUUGUUUAUUUUUGUACGUAACAUGCAAUUGAUAUCAUCUUUACAUAUGUGUACAUAUAUAUAUCCAAAUAUUUGUAGGUUAUGCUUUUCAGAUGUUAUAGAGAUUAUUUUUACUAUUGCAUCCCUUUUCAAGUUGUCAUAGAUAAUCAUAUUGGUCAUUUAGAAAGUAUGCGUAUUGUAAAUGUAUAGAGGCUCUAUAUUUUGCUAUUGAUCAAAGCAUGGGAAGAGGUGGUAUAAUAUAAUCUGUCCUGAAAAUAAUGCAUGCCAUUAAAACUAAUUUUGAAAAUAAGAUCGAGAUGACAACUUAAGAUUUCCAAGUCAGUUUGUUUUAUGACUCUCAGCUUGUUGUAAUAAGAAUAUACUCAACACAUUGAUUCUGUCCUUUUUUCUAUUCAUUCCAUAUGAUUGAAAUUUCCAUGUGAAUUUCUAAAGGUUCGUGUAACUUUCCAAACAACUUUUAUUAAAUAUUUUUCUAUCGAUAUUUUUUAUAAUUAUCAAAAAUCUCUUUUCUCUUUGUAAUUCCACAUGUAUAUGAGUAUCUAAUGACAUCUUGAAUUUUAUCAACUCAAUUUAUUCACUUGCAUCCAAGUUUGAAUAUUUUAUUGCAUUAUUCCACAGAAAAUAUUCUUCUGAUGAAAAACUGGAGUUUUUAUAGUUUUGUUCUUAAAAUUCCUUUCAGAAUUUCGAUUUUCAUUCCGUGUGCGAAAAUUUGAAAUGAUCUUAAAAUAUACAAACUGUUAAUUAAGAAAUUUAAAGGAAUGUAUUUCUCCCAUGAUUAAUGUAAUAUUUGCAUUGAAGAAAAAAAAAAUCAUGAGCAAUACUAAAGCCAGCUUUAAAGAAAAUGCAUUUUAAGUUUGCCUUGAAAAUAAGAGUUGUUUAAAGUGUUUUAAACUGUUACCUUGUCCUUCUUUUCGCAAUCAUUGACUGAUUGUUCUUAGAAUUGACAUGCCUUCUGUAUGAACAAAGUGUACUUGAACUGAAAAUUUGCUGAUUCUACCUUGAUGAUUCUGCGUCAGAGGAAAUUGUUAUAUACCGGUAUGCAUACAUGUACAUGCAAGUAUUUUGUUACUCCAUGUGGAUUUUAUAAGCACUUCAGUGCCUUGCAAACUAUUAGUGAAAACUUACACUUUUCUCAAUGUAAUCAAUUUGUCCAUGUACUUCAUCCAGACCUGCCAACCAGUACGUUUUAGCCGUAUUUAGUAUGUUUUUGCAACCAAAAUACACUGAGCAGUACGUUUUUUCUUUUAAAAAAAUGUUUUUUUCUUACAAAAUCGUAAUUUAUUGAGAAAAAUCAUCUCUAUAUGUCUCUAUUUCAUAAAACGUACACAAAUAUUAGAUCAAUGUAAUUUCAGGUAACUUGUUUUUUUUUUUCAAUCAUUUUGUUAAAACCAGGGUGAAGAAAUACACAUGUUUUAAUGGUUUUUUUUUUCAUCUGCAAGAGCAGUGCGCAUUUUAGCUUGCAUGCAGCUUGAGCGCCGCGAUGGGCGAGUGCGCCAAGCAUUUUAUUAUGAAAUACACUUUUUUUUAGAAAAAUGCAGAUUUUUUUAUCACAUACAGUUUUUAUUCCCAGAGGUUGGCAGGUCUGCAUAUUUAUCUCACACGGUAAAAAGACUGAUUUUUUUUGUCAAAAUACUGAUUUUGGGGGAUAAGAAUACUGAAAAUGCAAAAUACAACUUGGCAGCUCUGCAUGUGUGCAGUAGUAAGAAUGCUCCUGUCAAAAAGACAUUUAGUGUAAAAUUUUGGUAGUUAUUUCAGAUAAUCCUCAGAAGCUAAGACAUACUUGAAGCGAUCUGUUUAUUGUAUUUAGAAAAAUUGAAAUUAAAUUGUCAUUUGGAUUUAAAAUAUGAUAUGUGAAUAUGAGUGAAAGAGAAAUUAUAGCAAACUGAUCUCUUGAAAUUAAUCAAAUGGCAAAUUCCCUUGUGAUUUUAGUAGUGGCUAACAAUGAUCUGUAAUAAAGGUUGAAAAUAUUGAAAAUCAUCAUGACUAUUAAUGUAGGCCUAUUUUAUCACUGAAUAACGGAAACCGUAAGUUCUAUUUUACUUACAUGAAUGAUAUACAGUGGACCUUAUAUAAGGUUGAAAUCUCACAUAAUAAGUAUAAUUGUUGCCAAGUCAGAUAUAUAAGUAUUAAAGAGAGUUUUCUUUGGUAUCAUAUAUAUUUUUUACUAUUUAGGCUACAAGAAAAUCUUGGAAUAUUUGACUUUAUGCCAGGAUUUCAGUACAUUGGAUGAUAUUUGCAUUACAUAUAUGCUCUCUUUCUAUAUCUUUUUUGUGCAAUAAUGUGCUAUAAAUUUGAUUGAUUUGAAAUUAUUUUUUAUUUUUAGUUAUUAAUUUUUUAAAAAUUAUGUUUUUCAUCUUAACAAUAAUUAAAUUUUCUACUGAGCUGUAUAGACACUUUGGGUUUACAGUGGCGUAUCUAGAGAAAACUGUGUCCCCUGGCAAGUGUUAACAUUUCACCCCUUUGAGGAUCUGACAUUGGUGGUUUAGCAUUGAAAUUGUGCCCCUUCCAUAAUCUGACAUUGUUUUCUUUUGAAAGAUUUUUUUAUUUGGCUUUUGUCAUCACAUCGGUUUCUCGCGUUCAGUAGAGAAAUUGCGUAACUCGACCAUUUGAGGAUAGGGCCCCCUGAAAGGUCGGGUCCAGUUUACCCAACACUUCGUGAAAAAUUUCAGUAAAAGUAUAUGAAUGCUCAGGUACAAUUUACUCACUGUUAUGUAAAUGUCGUAAGCAAAAUAUCAGAGGGUAGGGUAAACUGGACCUGGCUUGUCGAGAAUUUAAGGGGACCUUUUCUCGAAUGGUCGGGUUACGCGAUUGCCCGAUCGGACGCGAUAACCCGACAUGUCACAAUCCUUUAAGUUCUCAACUCAUUUGAUACAUAAGUAGCAUAAGCACAGAGACAUUGUAGUUGAAAAUAACAUACAGAAACAAAUACAUAAAUGUAUAUGUUUUUUAUACAAAAUAUGUUUUCUUUUUACUUUUUCGUAUGUAUGUUCAUGUACUAAAAAAAUCUGAC